AUGCCCUCUGGCCCUAAGACUACCUGGGAGGACUUGUCCAACCUCGGCUGGUCAAUCCAGAAUAUCUACAAUAAAGCGAAUGACACCCGUGGCCAUACCAUGAAGAAGAUUGAAGAUUUGUAUCUAAACGAUGGUAUCGCCGCAAAGUACCAAUGGUGGUCCUACAACAUUACCAAAGGCUCUCCGUACCUCAAAGGCAAUAACACCAGUAGCGUUGACAGUGACGAGACUGUCUGGAGCUACGACAACACGAAAAACACGGAGCCUUUUACAACUUCUUGGAUGGAGUCAUGGACCGAGUCCUCCACGGCAACGCUUUCAGUUACCAGCAGCGCCUCUAUAAGUCUUUCGCAGUCCAUCACCAUACCUGAGGUCGGAGGAUCUGAGUUUACACUCACAAUCUCCACCGAGGAUAAUAAGGCCCAGACCAAGGAAAAUUCCCACCAGUUGAGCAACACAUGGGACAUAACAGUCGCGCCUGGUGAGAAGGUAGAUAUAAUACGCACGAUUACAACCUCCACUGGAACGGCCCAAUAUGGCCAGAAUUAUGGAGUCACGGACACCAGCUUGUUUGGAACCAACGGGACUGAGUAUAAUGGUCAUCACUACUGGGCCUAUUACAUCAAUGGUCUUCUGAAUUCGCCUACCGGUACAAUGGUUCUCAGCGGUUUCAGCGUGACCACGCAGUAUCAUUAUCAGCUCGUUCGGGAGGGACCUGACGGCGAAAAGCGUAAGGAAACUUUGCCCCGCCCGAGCGUGAUGCACGAGAUCAUAGGUGACCAGCGUCGCGAAAUCCUGCUCAUGGUGCAUGGAGAUGAGUGA